GCCCCUGCAUAAACGCAACACGCGACAGCGCACAGGACAAUCUUCUUUUUUUUGUAAGGCACCGACAGGACAAUUCAUCUAUUUUGUAACGUGCCUUCCUACCUUUUAGUCUUUUAACGUCAUCUAGAAUGAAUUCCGUUUUAAUUAAGGCAAUUUUAGCCAUUUCUCCUGACUACGAACUACUGUUUGACUCCCUGUGCUGGCCAGCUGACGUGUGGCCGGAGACGGAAAGCGUUGAGGCGCUGACAGUUUUCAUAGAGGGUCUCGAGAAUAUUGUUGUUCAAUCAGAAACAAGUUCAUCGCCAACCGCUAAAAGACAAUGUAUACUUGAUAAAAUCGAGUCUAUUAUUUGGACGCAUUGUCUGCCUCUUCUCUCCCAAAUAUCAACAAAAGAAGCGGAGGGUGUGAAAUGGUCAUUUCGGGGGAGCACAGCAGCUGUGUGCAGACUUGUGGCUGUCUGUGUCCGGUUAUGUGACCCGACUGUGGUGGGCAGAGCCGCUCUGGCCGUCCUGCCUUCUCUCCGGCUGCCAGAGGAGGACCGACCUGGCGUGGAGAAACUUAGUGUGGAGGUUGCUAGUGAAGUCCUGGCUGCACUUCUUCCCUCUUUAAGAGGAGACGAGCAGCUCACGUUGAGCGUUUUGUCGUGUGUUUUGUCGGGCAUUAGAACUUUUCAAGACGGGUUGCGCUGCCGGGUCACCGUCCGGCUUAUGUUAGCCCUGUUGAGCUCUUGCAGUGAUGCAAUGCUGAGCAGCAUCCUUAGCAAGACUUUGAGCGACUUGUGCAACUGGCACGCAUUGGAACCUACUCCAUCUGUAACUGAGCGAACACUGCUCUAUUUGACCGCUCUGUCGGACUACCUGCUGGCACCUACCAAACCAGACCCUCGUCCCUGUCUCCGGUUUUGGUGGGUGAUUCAGAACGGACUAAUCCACAGAGACAGUGUAUCCCGUAAGAGAGCACUGUAUCUCCUCAAAAGGUGUGUGGAAUCAUCACAGGAACAGGGCGUGGACUGUCCUUCUCAACAAGUUAGUGGUGAGGAGAUCUUGUUCAAAUGGACAGCCAAAAGCAGCAAGAUUCUCAGAGCCUUUUGGGAGGAUUAUGUGCUGGUGAUGGAGACUUUGGAGGAAAACCAGGUCCAUGUUGUCCGGCCGGUUCUGAAUAGAAUAGACGCUCUAAUCCAAACUACGGCAAAUGAAGGUCAAGACCUCUUCCAUCCCUCAUGGCUGCUAUGCGUGUACCAGCGGAUGUUCCACAGUGAGAAUAAAACCUUAAUGCGAGCGGGUGUCUGUCACCUCCUGGAAAUUCAAACCCUCCAGCAGUCAGCCUUUACUUCAGCUUUUUCUCAGUUUGUCGUUGGGCCAUUUAUGGAUGUUCUGUCAGAAAUGUCACUCUUCUGCAGGGCAGGUGGCCAAAGUGUUGGAGACUGUCCCGAACUGGCAAUCAAACUCCAAAUAUUCUUAAAAACCUUCUUCAACAACCUCCCAUUAGAGGAAAGAGGCCCUGUACUGCUACAAAUGAUCCAGCAGCUUGGAUGUAAGCAUUGGUGUGCAGUGCCCCUCCUCUUCAUCUCUGAGGCCCUGUCAAAACUUGCUCCACACCCAAUAUUAACGAUCGAUGGGCUCACUGCCCUCAGGGAGGUGCUGCGCUGCACCAUGAUCACACAUCAAGUCCUCUUGAGAGGUGCUGCCCAGUGCUUCUUACUGAAAAGCGCCCUCUGUCUCCUAGAUGUGAGCACAGUGACCCUUGAUGAUGUCUUUACCUUCCUUGGCAAUUUUCGGGGGGAUGAGUCACUUUGUCGAGGCACCGCUCUUUGGAAUGAGGUGUGUAGCUGGCUCUCAGUCAAUGAGGGCAGUUUUAAGCCAAGUGAUAAAGAUGGUGUGCCCUCAAGUAAGGGUGUCAUCAGAGCAUAUAUUCAAGGCAAAAUGCAUGAGUUUCUAACAGUUACAGCAUGUGGUGGUGAGACAGAGUGUUUACCUGACCCCAAAGAGGCAGAAAAAUUGGCCAGGUCCAUUCUUCUGUGCACUGACAUUGAGAGUAGUCAACCUGAAGGAAAGAUUGGUGACAACCUCGAGUUGUUAUUGUGUCCUCUGGUGGACACUCUAAGCCGUAUCGACACCAACCACUACAUGCCCCUGAAGAAGAGUGACAAGAGCUUGCAACUCAUUCUCCAACUGCUCCAGCUUAAAGAAACACCAGAACAACACGGUGAAGUGACUGCUGCUUUGGAGAGGCUCAUUCCGCAGCUUGAACAUUCAGUCCAGGAGUUUAUUGUGAGGCGUUUGUGUGGGGAACUGCAUGAGUUGUGUGACAUAGAGCGGGCAGAGCUGUAUUUGUGUGUGUUGAAGCAGUUGGCCAUGCACAGUUCUGCAAGUCAACAAGAUUCCUUCACUAAGGUUAUCAAGUACAGUCUCCGCAUUCUGCAAGAACCGACCCAGGAGAUCCCGACAGUGGCAAGCCAGGUUACUAAAGCAGUUGCUAUGGCAUCUCUUGCCACACUUUGUCAACUAAUGGAAUGGCAAGCAAUCAACCCAGACCCCUUUUCUCCUCUAAAACAACUUAAUGAGCUAUUCUGCAAGCUAGUGCCGUCUCCCUGGCAAAUUCAUUCACCUCUGGGACGCUUCAAUGAGAGGUUGCAGAAACCUCACACAACAGACACCUUGAGUAUUGAAGAUGGGCGGGGUCUUCUCCUAGAGGACUGGGGUCGCACAGCUGCCCACUUCAUGCGAGAUCAGUGGAUUUGCCAGAGUCUCCUGAUAAAAAUGGUCGCUGUUCGAGAUUUUGAGUUGCCUGUUCACACAGAAACUGCCUUGGUCGCUCUGAGCUGCUGCGUGGAUGCUCUAGCUCUACUUCCCAGCAACCUGGUGCUGCCCGUUCUUGCCUUUAUGGAGACUGUGCUGCCACAAUUAGUGCACGAAGACGAGGCCCUCUGUGUGAAUGUUGUGAGUCGUACCUGGGAGCUGGUACAUGGGCUGAGCAAUAACGCCCAUGACUUCUGGCCUGCCCUCAAAUGCUUCGUCUCUGUGGCCUUCCACCCAACACUGUUACUGCUUACAGACAGUCAGGCCCCAUUGCUGACAGCAACUGUGAAACAGAUUGCUGCCGAGAUCAUGGAGCUGUCUGAGUCCAAGAACGGAGUAUUUAGUGUGCUGCUACAACACUGUUGUCACACAUGGUUACCUGAUCAUGGACAAAGCAGGAAGCAAGACGACUGCAUUUUUUCCAGUGUUUUUAAUCACAUCAACAUCAUGGCUGAGGGCUGCAUUUAUGGCCCCGUGUUCAGGCGAGAUCAGCGGCUCGUUCAAGAUGUCCAGGCUUAUGUAGAACAACUUGGUGCUCUCUGCGCCUCUAAUGCUGUGGUGGCGAGUGACAAUAAAGAUGACCAACUACCUCGCAUUUACUCACUGGCUUUCCUCACUCGCCUGGAUCCUUCCAACAUUCUGCAUGAAAGACUGAUGGAGCAGCUUGUUUGCACUCUCUUAGAGAAGGACAAGCAAAUAUCAAAGACCGUGCGUAUUUCUAGUAACUCUCUACAACAUCGUGUGAAGAACAGAGUAUGGCAAACACUGCUAGUCAUGCUUCCCAAAUUAAAAGAGGAGUUUGUGGCCUCCAUACUGAGUAGUGUCUUUGAAGCUGGCUACUGCAGUAACCAGGCUUCAGUCAAGUAUUUAAUUGAAUGGACAAUGAUUCUGAUCCUGGUCCGUUAUCCAAAGCAUAUAGACCGCUUUUGGACCUGCUUUAACAUGCAUCAUGAAGGAACCAAGACUGGCAUCUGCACCUUCUUGGCAGUCCUGAUUCAUUUUGCUGUCAUCGUUCCCACCCUCAAGGAUCCAAAAAAGCAUUUGGCAAACGCACUGGACAUUAGCCUUCAGUGGUGUUUUCACCAUAACUUCAGUGUGCGGCUCUAUGCCCUGCUGGCUUUGAAGAGGAUUUGGAGUUUGGUGGAGGUCGGGGACGAGACGACAGCUGAUGGUCUUAGGAGACUGUCCACUGUGGUCAAGGCCUGCCUGCACCAGACUGAAGCCUUGAAGAAUAAUGGGAAUGCAAACAGGAACUGGACCAGGAUUCAAGAGCACUUUUUCUUUGGUGCCUUCCAUCCUAUCAGGGAUUAUAGCAUUGAGACUAUAUACUACACUUUUCCAAGUCUUUCAGGAUUGGCUGAUGAUGAGUGGAUUCCUCCCUCGAAGCUGGAGAAGCUGUCCUGCUUUUCUCAGACACCCCCUCUUAGGAAUGCCUCACCCGACUUGAGUCAAAUCAAGCCCGGAGACUGGAUCCAGCAAGACAAAAGUGAGGAUGUCAAGGACGAGCGCUGGGCUGAGGUGCAGAAAAAAAUAACCCCCUGGAGGUUGGACAUCCAGGAGCAUGAUCCAGAUCUUCAGCUGUUUCCGCAGCAGCGAGCAGCUCGCUUGGGCAAACAGCGUGGCGCGCUUCUGGUGGUUGCCUCUCUCAUUGACAAACCCACAAAUCUUGGAGGUUUGUGUCGGACCUGUGAGAUCUUCGGUGCCAGUGCAUUGGCACUGGACAACCUCCGUCAUGUAACUGACAAACACUUUCAGUCACUCAGUGUCUCAUCUGAACUUUGGCUACCUCUUGUGGAGGUAAAGCCUUUGGAGCUGGCAGACUUCCUGCAGGUAAAGAAGACCGAGGGCUACCGCAUUGUCGGUGUGGAGCAGACUGCCAACAGUCAGAGCCUUGAGGACUACCAGUUUCCUGAGAAGACUCUGCUACUUCUGGGUAAUGAACGAGAAGGCAUCCCUGCUAACUUGCUCCAACUGUUGGACGUGUGUGUGGAGAUCCCUCAGCAAGGGGUCAUCCGCUCACUAAAUGUACAUGUGAGCGCUGCCCUGCUGAUCUGGGAGUACACUCGCCAACGUCUCGCCCACUCAAGACAAGUCCAAACAUGAAUGAAGAACCAAACCACAUGGCAUUUGAUCCUCAGGUGUUUACUAGUAAACAAACAACAAAUUUAGCAUUUAAAUUCAAGUUUCAACCAUAGUGCAGACACAUAAGCCUAUUUAUCACGUACUUUUUUGUGGUCUUACUGUAUGUACAUCAUGGGUUCCUUAAUGGGUCCAGAAAUGGAGCUCAGCACUGCGUAUUCCAUCAAGGUAUUCCACAGAGCAUCGUCUUUAAAAUAAUAAAACCCAUCUCUAUGCCUGCAGAGGAGUAUCGGCAAUUCAAAAUUUUAUUGUCUUAUCCAAAGAGGCAAUUACUUUUUGACUCACUGGGACCUUAAAGACUAACGCAUAAAGUACACUGUGCUCCGAAACAUUCAACAUUGACUUGACAAUUUUAUGUGUUCCAGUGCAGCUGGGUAAACUCUGGAAUAAUGUGAUGCGUGCAUUUUAUUUUUUCCUGGCCCAUUUAACUGCGUAUUUUCCUCAUUAGUGUUGUGGGUGAGAUGAAGCCUAAUUCCAUUUCAUUUGGGGCAAGAUUAGUGGGGAUGGUUGUUUGUAGAUGUGUACCUGAGAUUGACCAUGAGCCAGUCCAGGUGUACCUCGAUCUCACUCAAAGUUAACUUGGCUCCCAGUCACCCACGACACUGGUAAGGAUAACCAGCAUAGAAGUUGGAUCAGUUGAUAAGUAUGUUGAGUAGAUUUGUUUGAUUGCAUGAGUGCCUUUACCUUACUGGACGUCUAUUGCUGUCAAUGGCAGUGAAAACGUUUUAAUUCAGUGGGCAAGAAAUGACCCUUUUGGUUUGUCAAUUUAAUAUUUUUUUAGUGUGUUAUUCAUUUUUGUUGUAUACUGUACAUCCUGUAUAUACGUUUUAAGUUGUAACGUUUAAGUAAAUAAAAAUGGAUUAAUAGUG